AUGCCCUGCCGCCAGCUGUUGACAGGAGGGGCACUCUCACAGCGCGCCAGGGGUCCCUCGCUGCCCCCGGCAACCCGUCCGCCCGCCAUGCGCGGCCGUUCUUCAGCGCCAGGCGUGAUGUUGUUCGGUCGCUGCAAGCUUGAAGCCGGCGAGAAACGCGAAAUCAACAAGUCGCGGCGCCGUUUUCGUGACUAUUUAACCCUUUUGGGCCUAGCGCCCGUCGCCCCCCAACCUCGCAUCAAAACAAACAUGACGAAGUUCGACGAAGAUCAACCAAAACAACAACAACAACAACAACAACGACGACGACACUGCCGCCGACAAACAGCAAACAUCCGCGCCGCCAGCAACUUGAGACAAGCAAGAGGAGGAUACCGGCACGAAGAGUAG